CGGCGAUCACCAACGCCCCCUAGAGGUCAUUAUGUGGAUCCCACUAGCAAUGGAACCUCAUCGUCCCGCAGCGGUUAGAAGCAGUGGUUUUGAUGCACCAAACGGCAAAUCCAGCGGAGUUUCCGGGAAAAGCAGGAACCGACGUUCCAGCGGGCUCCACCGUUGCCCCGCCAGGACGACCACAAUGGGUGUUUGGGAACGGUCGGGUCCAUAAUGCUUACGGUUGUGCUGCAAAAAUGGUGCCAGGGCCAGUUGGCACGAUCAGCGAAGGCGCAGUUGGCGUGAGGUCUGCGACGUACGGACACCACGGAUGGGUCUAUUGCCUUGGCAUGGAGACGGACGGCUGGGCGGUGACGGAGCAAGAUGCUCCGGAAGAUGCUACGGAUAUAACGACAAACAGAGGAUUUUACGGAUAUAACGACGUUUCAACGGAUUCUACCAAUGCUUCAAUUCAACGGAUUCUAGCAAUUCUCCGAGUCAUCGGUAUUCCUGAAAGUUCAACCGAUACUACCACUUACAAAGUACACCCCACGAUCGCCGUGGAUCCAUGCAGCAACCGUCUGUCAUGCAGAUCCACCCAUUCCGGAUUAUCUCUGGCGAUCACUUCAUCACCGGCAUUUGUCGAUGCCCUACACCACGGCCAGCUGCAGCAAGGCGCUCCGAACCGUGGUGGCCGCCAUGCCGCCUGGACCGGUUCAUGGAAAAUACCAUCAUGUGACCGGACAUCACGCGACUUCCACGCCCAUGUUUCACCACGGCCACAUUCUCCCACCGCUGAAACCGCCCCAGCACCACAGCGCCCCGUCCAGGCCCCACGCCUCAUGUCUGAGUGUGCCCUGCGGUUCAAACAUCGCAUCGUCCAUCGUUUCGGCCUCCCACUCGUCUCGAUCUCCAUCACAACAUUCGAACCAACACCACAUCUUUUCUUCACGUCCUCCCCCACCACCAGCCCUCGCUGCAACCUUCACCAAGGCAACCUGUCACGGACUCGGCUCUGCACUCACAACGUCCCCAUUGCGGCCCAUCAACCAGCCCUCCUAUUUACAUCCGUUCCACAUCAGGCCAGUCCUGCAGACAAGCCCGUAAACGAACGAAAUAACAUACAAAGACAUUGACGACACGCUCGUUUGACCCAUCGAGAGAAGGCUGGCUACAAGGAACUGUCAAAGCUAGAUCAUCAGAUCGAGAAUAUACACCUCUGAUUUGCUAGAUCGUCCGUGAAGAAUAGUUGAAUAUCCCUCGUCCUCCUCCUCAAAAAGACCCUGAGCUCCGGAACCAAAAAUAGACACCAACACCAUCCAGUUCAGUCCACGAAACUA